AUGUCUACUAUACCAAAACCAUUAUCGACAUCUUCUUCAUCAUCUACUACUAUUCGAUCAGACAACAACAACAACAAUGGUAUCAAUUUAAAUGAGUUGAUUGUUGAUGACAAUGAAGAUAUCGAUAAGGUGUUGCAACUAAAACACUCGAUGGUUACAAAUAGAUUACUACCUCUACUAGUAGUUGGUAUACGUGAUCAACUUCCUUCUACCGCUACAGAGAUAAAAGUAGAAGAAGAAGAAGAAAAGAAGGAUGAACCAUCAUCAUCAUCAUCAUCAUCAAUAACGGUACCAAUGAACAUUGAAAGAUCGGCAUUCUCUACAUUGGAUAAAUACGAUGAAUCAUUUUCAAAGUUACAUCAAUCAAAUUUAGUUAGAGGCUAUACUACAUUACCUAGAAACUAUAACUAUAACGAAAACACUACCAAUACCUUGUCAUCAUCUACUUGUUCAACUUUGGUUCAUCAACCUUUGAUAAAGAGUUUAAAAGAUACAAGAUUAAAAGAGUUGGAAAUCUAUAUUGAACAAACUAUCAUUAAUGGUCCAUUAUUCCAGUCCGAUCUAGAUGAUCUAGUUUCAAGUUCCUAUCAACCAUCUACUCCAAAGAGAACUUCCUCGACACUUGAUUUGGAAUAUCAAUAUUCACAAACAGAUUAUUUUAGUAUGCUUGCAACACAACAAAGUGGGGGUGGAUCACAGAUUUUCGGUAAUAACAACAAUAGACCAAACAUGUUUUAA